CACUCGUGUUUCUUGACCUUCACCAUGACGGACACGCGUCAAUUUGGUGAUCUUGCCACUCAGCUCAUCAUGGAAUCUCGCAGAUCGACCUUAACAGACACUCUUCUCAAAUACAACGACAAUCUUGUACGGUCCAUCAUCCGGGAACAACGCGAUCUUGAAAAAAUGGCCGGGACCAGCCAGAACGUCUCUCCAGCGCUGCUCAUCUACCAAACAACCAUUGUACGAAACAAGAGAUGUCUCUUAGCAUAUCACAAGCAUCGUAUGGAUAGACUGCGCGAUAUGUACUGGACCGCUGGAGGCGCUUUACCGCACAUCCUGAGCAAUCAGGACAUUCGCAGCAAGCUCUCUCCUCAUGAAGUUGACUUCCUUCGCCAGUAUAGCACUUCGGUGAUGGAUUAUCGUGCUGGUUUCUCAAACGAGCUCGAUAUCACAGCCAGUAUUACCCAUCCGCCCAAAGACUUGCAUGUGCUCGUUCACGUUAUCAGGGAUUGUGGAAUCAUACAGACAGAGCUUGGGACUAUAGAUUUCCAGAAGGGGCAGAGAUUCAUGGUUAGGAGGGCUGAUAUCGAACAUCUUAUUGUCCAGGGUUAUCUCGAGGAGGUUUGAUAGAAACACGU